AUGUCUGGUACGCUUACUUGCAGGAGCUCUUCUUGUAGUCUCAAAUUCAGAUUCAACACAGGUUCGGAAAAUAAGAAAGCACUCUGGCAUUCAAAGCUCGCAUUAAUUCAGUGUUGCAACUGCCAGCAAACAGCACACUAUCUACGCGAGCGAUAUCACCGACAGUGGCGAAUGGAAGACUUGGAAGAAGCUAUAGUAUUGUGCCGUGCUGCUCUGAGUCUUUGUCCCGAGGGCCAUCCGAAUCGGUCUUACGCAUUGGGCGAUCUAGCAAGUUCCCUGACCAUCAGAUACCAGCGAAGCGGACGGCCAGAGGAUCUUGAAGAAUCAAUUGAACUACAUCGUGCUGCUCUUAAUCUUCAUUCUGACAAUCAUCUGGAUCUGUCUUAUUCGUUGAGCAAUUUAGCACGUUCCCUGAACUCCAGAUACCAGCGAAGCGGACGGCUAGAGGAUCUUGAAGAAUCAAUUGAACAGCGCCGUGCUGCUCUCACUCUUCAACCUAAGGGUCAUCCGGAUCGAACUCGUUCAUUGGGCAAUCUAGCGAUUUCCCUGCACACCAGAUAUCAGCGAAGUGGUCGGUCAUUAGACCUUGAAGAAGCGAUUGAACUGCACCGUGCUGCUCUCGCUCUUCGCCCUGAGGGUCAUUGGAUUCGGUCUCAUUCGUUGGAUAAUCUGGCAACUUCCCUGCGCACCAGAUACGAGCAGAGUGGACAGUCGGAGGAUCUUGAAGAAGCGAUUGAAUUGCACCGUGCUGCUCUCAGUCUUCGCCCUGAGGGUCAUCCGGAUCGGUCCAAUUCAUUGGGCAACCUAGCAGGUUCGUUGGACACCAGAUACCAGCGAAGCGGACAGUCAGAGGAUCUUGAAGAAACAAUUGAACUGCACCAUGCUGCUCUCACUCUUCAACCUAAGGGUCAUCCGGAUCGUUCCAAUUCAUUGAACAAUCUAGCAAGUUCCCUGCACACUAAAUACCAUAGAAGCGGUCGGUUAGAGGAUCUUGAAGAAUCAAUCGAUUUGCAUCGUGCAGUUCUCACCCUUCGACCCGAGGGGCAUCCAUAUCGGUCUCGUUCAUUGGACAAUCUAGCGAUUUCCCUGCGCACCAGAUACCAGCGAAGCGGACAGUUAGAGGAUAUUGAAGAAUCAAUUGAACUGCGCCGUGCUGCUCUCACUCUUCAACCUGAGGGCCAUCCAGAUCGGACUUCGUCUUUAAACAUUCUCGCUAACGCAUUAUUCUCUCAAUUUGAACAGCUUCAACACGCACAUGAUUUUGAAGAGUGUGUACGCCUACUAGAGCAAUCCACAGGUCAUCUGUUCUCCAGUUCAUUGGACCGUUUGAAAGCUGCUCGACGAUGGACAGUAUUUGCAAGAAUAUAUCGCCACAAUACCACUCUGCGGGCUUAUCACGAGGUGAUGUCGCUGUUGCAACGAGCCCUUACUAUCAGUCCUACCCUUUAUGCACAACAUGACUUUCUUGUUAGGAAUCGAGAAUAUGGAGCCUUGGCUGUGGAAGCGGCCUCUCAUGCCAUAGAGGAGGGGGAGCUUGAUCAGGCUGUCGAGCUGCUGGAGCAGGGAAGGGCAUUGCUUUGGGCACAGAUGCGCGGGUUUAGGACCCCUCUUGACCGGCUCGUGGAGAUGAACAAAGAGCUUGCCGACCGCUUCCAAAAUGUUAGUCGCCAAUUGGAAGAUCUUGCAACAUCGUCCGAGAAGCAAGUUUUCAAGUCGAGCCCCGCUCUUGUGCAUGAUAUACGAGAUAAGACAGAGCUUCUAGACGAGAUGUUAAGACGCCGGCGGACGUUAAUAGAAGAGCUGGACAAAUUGACAGACAAAAUUCGAUGUGUCCCCGGGUUUGAGAACUUUCUCAAAACUGCACGCUUUGAAACAUUGCGACUCGCCGCUUCAGAGGGUCCCGUCAUCAUGAUAAACCACAGUGAAUAUCGAUGCGACGCACUCAUCAUUACGCCUACUGGAACUGGUCCGCCACUAGUCUGUGUCCCGCUGGACAAUGACUUCUAUGAAGAGUCCUGCAAGCUGUGCCAAGGGCUUGUUGAGACUCGGAUACGGAAUAAGCCUGGCUCAAAUGAGUAUGACAAGAAGCUCCGCGAAUCCAUGAAGAUGUUGUGGGACAAGGUCGUUUCGAAGGUCAUCGAUAGAUUUAAGGAACUCGGGAUUGCUAGAGGAUCGCGUAUUUGGUGGUGUCCAACAUCGGUGCUGUCAGUACUUCCCUUUCAUGCAGCUGGUCCAUAUCAUGGCUCAGAUGGAACGAUGAAAUAUUUAUGCGACGAUUAUAUCUCGUCGUACACUCCAACACUUGGAGCCCUCAUCAAUGCACAAUCGUACAACCCUGGACGUGAUCCGGAAAUUCUUAUUGUUGCAGACACCAAAUCUCUCGACUCAACCAAGAUGGAGGUUAUUACCAUCCGAAACCAAACUCGCAUCUACGGGACGAAACCCAAGGUACUCCUCAACAAUAGGGCAUCGCAUGAGGCAGUGAUCAAGACCUUGCGGAAAGCCACAUGGGUUCAUUUGCCUGCCACGGACACCUGGACGAGAAGCCCGAACCUGCCGAAUGCCGAGUUUGCAUUUCUUUCCGCUUGCCAUACUGCCGAGCAACCUCAUCUUGGAACAUACGACGAGGUACUACACCUAGCAGCGGCGAUGCAAUUCUGUGGGUUUCGGAGCGUGAUCGGCACAAUGUGGGAGCUGUAUGAUCCAGACGGUCCUCCUCUAGCUAGAGGUGUUUAUAAAUACCUUGCCGAGAGCGAGGAGAAUGAAGGGAGGUAUAAGAGGGCUGCUGCAGGACUUCGAGGGGCUGUUGUGGCAUUGAAAGCUAAGGAAGGGAUUCGGACUGAGAGAUGGGUUAACAUGAUACACAUUGGUGCUUAA